CUACCACCUACCUCACACACUACCAUUCUCACAACUCAAAAACAAAAAAAAAAAAACUCGUAAUACAUCCAACAAAAAACAACGCCAAAAAACACUACUCAUUAUUCACUAUUCAAUAAUCACUAUAUUCCUGUGCUAAUUUUCUCAACUAGCUAGAAUAAUGAAGGCAGCAGUAGACGAGACUAAGGAAACAGUAACACUCCGAGCCAAGCACCGAGACGAAGAAGGAAAAAUAGUAACCGAGAAAGUGGAGGUGCACACUCACGACGUAGACAGUCUCAAGCACGUCGAGAAGAAGCUCGUGGACACAGGCCUUCACCGCUUGGAGCGUCAUUCAGCUGAUCAUAAGGCCUCGGUCAAGAAGCCGCCUCCGAAGAAAGGCCGAGGCGGCAAGUAUACAUGGGAAGGUCCCAUGACUGAGGCUGAUGUCGAGCUCGAAGCUGGAGUCCCUGUCCUCGACGAAGGGGACCCUAACUUUGUUGAUGAUGAAAAAGAGGUUGGUGGUGAUGAUGAGGAGGUUAGAGAUAUGGUGAAAGGUGAAGUGGAGGUGGCUAAGGUUGUGGAAGGAAGAGAAGGUGUUGCUAGAGUUGAUGUUGAUCCUACACUUAAUGUUUGAUGUUUUUGUUUAGUUGUUGUCUUUGUUAUGGGGUUGAAUAUUAACUGCGUCUUUGGGGGGUUGAAGUAAUUUGUGUGCGUGUUUUUUUUAAAAAAAAACUCUUUGUAUGCGGGUGAUAACUUGAUAAGUGAUAAACUGAUAAUAAUAAUGAAUUGGUAACUUUUCUAUAUUUUGUAUUGCAAUCGUGGUUCAUAUGAAUAAAAAAUUCUUUUAAUGUA